AUGACGGGAAAUCUACCCUUAUCUCUCCAAGUCGAUGGUUCGCCGGAGAAUUGUGAUAACGUCCAGCCGAAUCCGCGGAAACGACGCCGGCCAGCAAGAUCAUGCCAGGAGUGCAGACGGAGGAAAGUAAAAUGCAACCUGUCGGAACCGUGCGGCCAUUGUGUGCUUUCCAAGAAACAAUGUCAUUACGGCCACGGAUCAGCUCAAGACGGACGAAACGUCAACGAUCGUGCUCCCCCUGGCGGUCGAAGCGUCCAUGGACGCACUCCUAAUGUCCGUGCAGAUGUCCCUUGUGAUAUGCUUCCUCGGCCGACUGUUUCUACCACAGGACCAAGUCCCUCCUCGGAUGCGUCUCGUUCUACUGGGCGUGCGGCAGAGGUACAUGUUUCUGUCCAGGGGUCUCGUGGUAUUGCGGGAUCUUCAAAUCCCGGAGAGGAAACCUCGAAUGCCACCCAAGACGAUGUCACCCAUGGCCCACCGGAAGGGAGGUUCAUCUUGAACAAAUCCAGAUUAUUCGGUCAGAGCCACUGGACGAAUUCUACUCUUGACCUCCAAAGGACAGCAGCAAUCCUGAACGCCGAGUCUGGAAAUGCUGGAGAUAAUGAAGGUCUUGCACGACUGAAGUGGGAGAUUGGCUCCCUUCUUCAAAGAUGCAAGCUAUGUUCCAAUAGGAUCAAGUCUGUUCAACCGAGUAGGUGCUCAUCGUAUCCGCAAGCGAGCCCAACAAUCGUGAAAGACAUGGCAGAUCAAAUGGUACACUUGUACAUCACCCGAUUCGAAUCUGUGUUUCGUAUACUCCACGUCCCGUCAUUCUGGAACGAAUAUGAGCGAUAUUGGAGUGACCCUUUGGGAGCUGAGACUGUCGUCAAACUCAAGAUUCAGCUCGUUGCGGCCAUUGGGAUUGUCAUUCACCGGGAUCCCACUGACAACCCUGACACUUACUCAAUGGCGCGUCAAUGGCUGUACGCCGCGCAAGACUGGUUGUGUGGACCCGUGAAAAAGAACAGGAUCAGCAUCGAUAGUCUACAGGUGCAGUGCCUGCUUAUACUGGCUCGGCAGGCUCUUGCCGUUGGGGGAGACAUUGUUUGGAUAUCAAUGGGGACAGUCGUCCGGAUGGCAAUGCAAAUGGGUCUACACAGAGAUCCAAAGCAUUUCAAGAAGAUGGGUAUACUUGAAGGAGAGACCCGUCGAAGGCUUUGGGCUACCAUCUUGGAACUGAAUGUCCAAGCCGCCUUGGACGCUGGAGUGUCACCUAGCAUAUCAUUAGAUGACUUCGACACAGCUGGUCCUUCCAACAUCAACGACGAAGAUAUUGAUGACCAGAGCCAGUCACUCCGGGAACAACCUACAACAGCCACGACGGACUCAUCUCUCCAGCGUUUCUUGUUCCAAUCGCUUGGGCCCAGGUUGGAAAUCGCCCGUCGCAUGAACGGUUUGGUACGAGUGGGCAUGCCAGAGAUGUCGUACGACGAACUUGUCACUCUUACCACGUCGAUCAAUAACGCUUGCCGAGACUGUGGUGCACAAUUUCUCAGGACCGUCAGUCCCGAUGUCGCUUCCUUCCACAGUAAUUUUGCAGACCUUCUUCUGCGGCGAUUUAUACUUCAUCUUCAUCGUCCCCUCGCCGGUCGAGCCCGGAAUGAACCCUUCUAUUACUUUGCCCGAAAGAUGAGCCUCGACGCCGCCAUGGCCAUACUAUCCCCACUACCCAAGAACGCCGAGUUCUCGCGUCUCGUGCUGACGGGUGCGGGCAUGUUCAAGAACCGCAUGAUCCACGCGUCUCUGGCCGUAGCUUUGGAAUUAUUGUUGGACGUUGAAGAGCAAGCCUGCCCCUUACCAGUGGUGUCUUUUGCUCCACAGGGACAGGUACCCCCUUUUGGACCUUAUCGAAGGAUGCUGAUCGAGGCGUUGCGAGAGGCGAUUCGACAGUCGGCGGAGAGGAUCCGCCUUGGAGAAACGAAUGUGAAGCUUCAUAUGAAAUUGAGCAUGGCCAUGCGUCAGGCCGAGGUGGCGCGUGGGUGCUCGUCGUCGUCGUCGACUACGUUAGUGGCACAACUGGCCCAAAGCGCAAAGGAAAGCUUGGAGAGUUCUUAUGCUCUCAUCCUGCAGAGGGCGGCUGCUGAAGGAGUCGUCGUCGAGGCUGGAUCUAACGGUCGCGGCGGCCUGUCGGAGGAUUUUGAUCCGGAUGGAUUCGAUCUAGAUACCUUUUCGAUCGGAUCCGGUUUGUUCAAUCUGGAUGAUUUGUUUUUCAUACCUCCAGAGUUGGACAUGGAAGGUGUGUUGCCUCCUUCUUUAGGUUGA